GUUAAAGAUGGUGGCCAGUUAUUAAGUCAACAUGUACAAGUUCAUGUUAGGAGUUGCGGUCUUUGGGUUCGUUGCAUCAGCACCAACACUCAAAAACAUAGAAAAUGUGAGAAUAGUAGGUGGUGAAGAUAUAGAAAUAUCCGAUGCACCAUACCAAGCCUCGGUAAUACACUAUAACCGUCAUGUCUGCGGAGGAACCAUCAUAGCAAGAGAUAUAAUAAUAACUGCAGCCCAUUGUAUGAUGGUUCCAGACAUCGAACAAUAUACAGUUCGCGUCGGGUCAUCGUAUAGCACGCAUGGAGGGGAUAUAUAUCAAGUCGGGGAUGUGGCCCGUCACCCAGGUUUCAGUUUCAACAAAAUGGAUAAUGAUAUAGCAGUCAUUUGGUUAUCGACACCUAUAAUUUUUAACGAAAACGUAUCCUCAAUUGAUUUGUUUGAACAUGAUGAGGAGUUGGAAGAUGGAGAACUGGCUACGAUAACUGGAUGGGGAGAUACUGCGGAAGGGGGUGGUCACCCAGAUAUUUUACAAAGAGCACUGGUCCCGAAGGUGAAUAACGAAAAAUGCCACCUGGCCUACGCCCCUGAAUACACCAUCACAUCCAAUAUGCUCUGCGCUGGAUAUCCCGAGGGCGGCAAAGAUGCUUGUCAGGGUGAUAGCGGUGGUCCCCUAAUGUAUAAUAACAAAUUGGCCGCUGUUGUAUCUUGGGGUAUCGGAUGUGCCAGACCCGACUAUCCUGGUGUUUACGCGAAAGUAUCAGCAUUCCGAGGGUGGUUGGACGAAAAGAUCACGUAUUUGAGAAUAAAAAACGUACUACGAGGCUUACCGUAUGCAAUUUAUGAAUAAAUAGACAUUUUUAUAUUUUUUUAAUAAAAUCGCGUUAUAACUUGAA